ACCACCCUGUACAAGGAUAGACAGGUGAUGCCGUCAUCGAGAUACCGUUGAGCACAACCUCGGCUCCUUUGCAUACUCUCAGAGCACAGCAAGCGGAAAUAAUCGCAACAAUACCUCCGGGUACCCUGUUCAAGACGUUCAGCCUCAGGGCCUCACCAUUUGCCAGAAGGGCAGUAGCGGCAUCCUUCAACCGUUUUGCGCCUGCUCUUCAAGUUCCAGUAGCAAUCAAAACACAGGCUCUCUCACGAGCUUUCCAUUCCUUCUCUCCACAAGAUACUCAGGACUUCUUCGAUAUGCCGCCAAAAGCAGCGUCAGCAGCUGGCGGAGGCGCCGUCUCAGCACCACCCAAUGGAGCUGCAGCCGCUGGGCCGAUUCAGCUCGAAAAUACCUCGAAGCGCGACUUUCUCAUCGGUCUCGAGAAGAAGUACCAAAAGCAAUGGGCGGAUGCCAAGCUGUUUGAGAUUAACUCGCCCAUGCAGGAGCCGCCCUCUACCUCGACUCCUUCACCAACCGGCAAGCCAGCUCUGACAGCGGAGGAGAUGGCCAAGAUGACACCAGAACAGAUUCGAGAGCACUACCCGAAAUGGAUGGGCACCAUUCCGUACCCUUACAUGAACGGAAGUCUGCAUCUGGGCCACGCUUUCACCAUCAGCAAGAUCGAGUUUACCGCUGGUUUUGAGAGGAUGGAGGGGAAGCGGGCUCUCUUCCCAUUCGCCUUCCAUGCAACAGGUAUGCCCAUUCGAGCGGCUGCUGACAAGCUGAUUCGCGAAAUCGAAAUGUUCGGCAAGGACUUUUCGGGCUUCAAGCCAGCUGUUGAAGAAGAGGCGCCAGACCUCACAAUUGCGACAGCGACUUCGAGUGCACCCUCCGGCAAUGUGGCCAAAGCAACCAAGGGAAAGCUGGCUGCCAAGUCGACCGGUCUGCAGUACCAGUUCCAAAUCCUCGAAAGCAUCGGAGUGCCGCGAGAAGAGAUCCACAAGUUCGCAGACACCACCUAUUGGCUGAAGUACUUCCCGCCGAUCGCUGUGGCCGACCUGAAUGCUAUCGGUGCUCGCAUCGACUGGCGCCGGGCAUUCACGACAACUGAUUACAAUCCUUACUACGACUCUUUCGUGCGUUGGCAGAUCAACAAGUUGCGUGCUCUGGACAAAAUCAAGUUCGGAGAGCGAUACACGAUCUACUCUCCUAAAGAUGGGCAGCCAUGCAUGGACCAUGACCGAAGCGAGGGAGAGUCUCUCGGCCCGCAAGAGUACACUGCUCUCAAGAUGGAAGUCAUCCAGUGGGGUGCGGCUGCUGCUCCCAUCGUCGAUGCUAUCACCACCGCGAAGGGCAAAAAGGUAUACAUGGUCGCUGCUACCCUCAGGCCAGAGACUAUGUACGGCCAGACAAAUUGCUACGUCGGGCCAAAUCUUAGCUACGGCCUCUUCGCCAUCAACGACACGGACAUUUACCUCUGCACGGACCGCGCUGCGCGCAACAUGGCAUUCCAGGGUAUUACUAAGGAGCGGGGCACUGUGGAGAAGAUCGACAGCAUCAAGGGAAGCGACCUGGUAGGGACCAAGAUCAAUGCCCCCUUUGCGCACUAUGGGCAUGUUUACGUUCUGCCUAUGGAGACCGUUCUCGCGACCAAGGGCACGGGCGUCGUUACCUCCGUUCCUUCUGAUUCACCAGACGACUACGCGACGAUGAUGGAUCUUCGCAAAAAGGCAGAGUACUACAAUAUUGACCCGCAGUGGGUGUCGCUAGACCCCUUCCCAGUUCUCAGUACGCCAGCAUAUGGAAACCUGACCGCUGAGGCGCUCAUCAAGCAGCUCAAGAUCCAAUCACCCAAGGAUGUGAAGCUGCUCGCCGAGGCCAAGGAGCUUGCGUACAAGGAAGGCUUCUACAACGGCACCAUGCUCGUUGGCAGCUUCAAGGGCGAGAGUGUACAGGAUGCCAAGCCGAAAGUCCGCGAGGAGAUGAUCAAGGCGGGUCUUGCAUUCGCUUACGCUGAACCAGAAGGCCGCAUUAUCAGUCGCUCAGCGGACGAGUGCGUCGUUGCGCUGUGCGACCAAUGGUACUUGGACUACGGCGAGGAGGGCUGGAAGAAGCAGGCGCUUGAGCUGGUCAAGAACUUGAAUCUCUUCACGUCAGAGACCAGGAAUGGCUUUGAGGGUGUCCUUGGAUGGUUGCAUCAAUGGGCUUGUGCUAGGAGCUACGGCCUCGGAACCAAGUUGCCAUGGGACCACCAGUUCCUCGUUGAGUCCCUGUCCGACUCGACGAUCUACAUGGCAUACUACUCUGUCGCGCACCUACUGCAGGCCGGUGUGAUCGACGGCAGCAAAGUCGGGCCCAUCGGCAUCAAGGUCGAGCAGCUCACCGACGAAGUGUGGGAGUACAUCUUUGGUGAUUCGGACCUUGCGACACUCAAGUCGACGGACAUUCCGCACGAGAAGCUCGAGACGUUGCGAAGAGAGUUUCGGUACUUUUACCCGAUGGACCUUCGCUCGUCCGGCAAGGACCUCAUCCCCAACCACCUCACAUUCUGUGUCUACAACCACGCCGCGCUCUUCCCGAAGGAGCGCUGGCCGCUGGCAAUGCGUGCGAACGGGCAUCUGAUGCUCAACGGCAAGAAGAUGUCAAAGUCAACAGGCAAUAGCAUGACGCUGCGUGAUGGCGUCGAGAAAUUCGGAGCCGACGCGACGCGCAUUAGUCUUGCGGAUGCGGGUGAUGGCAUUGAGGAUGCCAACUUUGAGGAAAAGUCGGCGAAUGCGAAUAUCCUCCGGCUGCACACGCUCAUCGAGUGGUGCCAGGAAAUUUUCAAGGACAAGAGCUCGCUGCGGACGGGUCCCAAGGACAGCUUCUGGGACGUGGCAUUUGAGAACGAGAUCAACAACCUCAUCAGUCUGACAUACGGGCACUACAAGCAGGCCCUGUACAAAGACGCGGUGAAGGACGGGUUCUACGAAAUGAUCACUGCGCGAGACCUAUACCGGGACGCGACGUACGACAUCAAGAUGCACGCCGAUCUCGUCGAGUACUGGCUGCGCAUGCUCACGCUCGCCAUCGCGCCCAUCGCGCCGCACAUGGCCGAGCACUUUUGGAUGAGCAUCCUCGGCGAGAAGGAGUCGAUCCAGGUGCAGAAAUGGCCCAAGAUCUCCAAGCCCGUCAACCCGUCUGUCACGGCCGCGACGACGUACGCGCGUAACCUGACCAAGCGCAUCCGCGACGCCGAGAUCCUCGCGAGCAAGAAGAAGGCGGGUAAGCCUGUUUCGAGCAAGAAGGCCGGGUCGGAUGCGCCGACGGUGCCGUACGAUGAUCGGAAACCGAAGGAGCUGCGCAUCUUCAUCGCAAAGAACUACCCGGAAUGGCAGACUACCUGUGUGGAUGCCAUCAAAGUGAAUUAUGACCCGAGUACCGGCGCAAUAGAUGACGUUAAGGUCCGCGAAGCGCUCGGUACCGCUGGUCUUCUCAAGGCCAAGCACACCAUGCCUUUUGUCAUGGCUUUCAAGCGUCGCAUGGAAGAAUUCGGGCCCGACGCCGCUUUCAACCGCCUGCUUCCAUUCGACGAGGUAGAGACCGUGCAGGGAAUCAAGGCGUACCUUUGCCGAACGAUGAAGUUCCAAGACCUGCAUAUCGAGUCGGCAGAAGAUGCGCUUGCCAAGGCGGACGAGCUGGAAGGCAAGAAGGGCUUCGAGCUCAAAACUCUCACAGCUGCCGAGCCGGGCGUGCCUUCUUAUGCUUUCUACAACACGGAGUAGAUCAAAAUUGUAUUUGUUCUUCAAAGAACGACAGCCCAGAAGGACAAAAGGUCUCCAAAUGAGAUGAAGUUCAUUGC